AUGGCGAAAGUUGCCUCAGCAAUCACAACGUACUUUCGCCGACACAGUGCUAAAGAAUGGGCCGAUUAUUUUAUGUCGACACAUUUCUGGGGACCCGCUGCUAACUGGGGCAUUCCUCUUGCGGCUAUUGCCGACUUAAAGAAAAAUCCCGAUAUGAUCUCUGGUAACAUGACCGUAGCACUGUGUAUGUAUUCAUCCGUGUUCAUGCGAUUUGCAUGGCAUGUUCAACCACGGAAUCUUUUGCUUUUCGCAUGUCAUUUUACCAAUUUAUCGGCACAAUCAAUGCAGCUCUGCCGUUUCUUGAACCACAACUUCCUACACAUUAUAGAAGACCCUGUAAUAAAAAAAGAACGAGAAACGAAGGGUAAAAUCGACACCCAAGUUAAACAUAGCUAG